AGAAGAGGCCUGGCUGCUCCCGGUUAUCUCGACUGUCUACUUACCUUAUGAAUACCUGAGGUGACUUCAAGGUGAAUGCAACGGGACCGAACUGCCUAACAAAUACCUUGGUACUAAGGUACUAUCCAUCAAUUGUAUCCCAGUCCCCGUCUUUUCCGGGGUUCAGGCGCAGCAAUAACCUUCAUUCAACUGUUCCAUUUCCUAUCUGAUCAGCGAGGUGCCUUCUUCCUAGGUAGUAAGUAAUCUGCAGGCCUCAUUCUCGUUGCUUUGCGUUUUCUUCUCUCCUACCUACCGUACUACUAGCUAAGGCAGUAGUGUACCUUACCUUCUCUGCCUUACCUAACCCUUUUGACUCUCGUCUUUGUGCCACACUCCUCAACUUCUGUUGUCUCUCUCUUACACAGUACAUUCUUCAAGGUUGCCGCCGUGUCUCUGGCUGCCUUUCCGUCUUCAUCCCAAACCAACGGCCCAACCCACGGAUACUCUUCUUACCUCACCUUGCUUACUUCGCUACCUUGCUCACCUUACCUGACCGUUAACUCUGUACUUUAUCGUCAUAAGACUUUGGGCCUGGCCUGCCUUGUCUUUUAGUCCGUUACCCUCCCGCGACCUCGAACCUUAUCGUCAUCGCCCGAAUGAACCCGCUGUAGCCAGACGACUCUUCCUCCACCCUCCCGCCCUCCUUUCCGCAGUGCGUCGCUUCCGCUGCCGCAGCAUCGUCUACUUCGCUUUCGCCCUUCCCCGCCUCUCCACCAUCCGUGCCGCCCGGACAAAGAGGUCGUAAACAUACCCAAAGCACUACCUCUCCAAGAUAGCUUGCCGCCUUCUAUUUGUUCGACUGUAUCCGACCGACCGACCGACCGACCGAAAUUAUACCCUGAUAGCGAUGGCGUCGCCCGCUCAAGCUGGCGCUGCGAGCGUUAGCUUUGGCGAGGACGAUGUCAAAAAGCGCGUCGGCAGGAAGUUGCAAAAGAAGCGGCACGAAUCACAGACCCCGACUAUGGAGUUACCAGAGAGGUUAAAGGAGGGCGACGAUAGUAGAGAGGAGGAUUUGGUACCGCAGCAGGGCCCGCCCAUGUUUAUGAACAUGAACCAGUCCAUCUUCGGGCUCAUUGCUGCCGCCGGCUCACGGGUGGACUUCCACGACCGCUUCGAAUCGAGCGACGAGGAGAGCGCCGACGAAGACGAACCCACACGCCGUCACGGUGCCGACAAGUUGGAUGGUGGCGACGACAAGGUCCACGGCAUCGGCCACCUCUUGCAUCGCAAACAGCGCCGCCAGAACGACUCCGACUUGUCAAAGACGACCGUCCUCAAGAAGGAUUCCUCUUCCAAGACUGAGAAACACCGGCGCAAGAUCUCCGGUUCCAAGCUCCUCCGAUCGCUACCGGCGCUCCCACGUCUGCCACGACACAAGUCCAAAAAGGAGCCCUCCAAGCUGGAGCCCACCUCCGAGGAAGCUAGCGACACCUCCGAGCCCUCUCCGUCCCAACCCGCCGAUGAUACAAGAGAAGACGAUGACCAAGACGGCCACCGCCUGGCCCCCGUCAUGAGCAGGAUGCUCGAGGCAAAGGCCGAAAUGUCCGCAAGACCCAGCUUCGACGUCGACCGCCGGUCUAGCGACCAGCUGAACUACAGCGACUCGGGCGAUUCAAACUCCACUGCGUUGGCUCGCCGUCUGCAGGAUAUCUUUGAGUUUGACCAUCCCGAAGCUGUCAUUGAGGAAUACCCUUGUUGGUUGCUCCAGAGCGUAUUACUCCAGGGCUAUAUGUACAUCACGGCAAAGCACAUUUGCUUCUAUGCCUACCUACCCAAGAAGGCGCACGAGGUCGUCAAGUCAGGCUAUCUGUCCAAGAGCGGCAAGCGCAAUCCAAAGUACAAUCGCUACUGGUUCCGCCUCAAGGGCGAUGUUCUAGCAUACUACAAGGACCCCUCCAACGUCUACUUUCCCAGCGGCCAGAUCGACCUCCGUUACGGUAUCUCGGCCAGCGUGAACAACAACAAGGAUGGACUCACCUUCACCGUCGUCACUCACCACCGGACCUACCACUUCCGCGCCGAUAGCGCUCCCAGUGCCAAGGAAUGGGUCAAGAGCCUGCAGAGAGUCAUCUUUCGUUCUCACAAUGAGGGUGAUAGCGUAAAGAUCUCACUGCCCAUCGAGAAUGUCAUCGACAUUGAGGAUACCCAGAUGCUCGAGUUUGCCGAUACUUGCAAGAUUCGUGUCAUUGACAAUGACGAGACCUACGCCAUUGACGAAUACUUUUUCUCCUUUUUCAGCUUCGGCAAGGACGCCAUCAGUGUGCUCAAGAUUCUCAUCGAGGAUGCAUCGUCUAGCGCAAAGGAUGCGGCCCUCCUCAAGGCAGCGCAAGCUCAGGAGGAGCAGGAGAGGCAGGAUAAGCAGCCGGUGCCAGCUUCAGCCCGCAGCUCCAUGAGCGCAAGUCGACGCAUCGCGCCGCCGAAGCUUAGGACGACCAAGCUGCCCGAUGCUGUCAAGGCGACGCUGUCACCACUGUCUGCUCACAGCCCCUCGGCUCUCAGCCCACGCGCCAGCAUGGAUGCUGCGCGAGCUAGUUUCGACGCCUUCAGGGGGUUCCGCCGCCGUAGUUUGGACCUGUCGACCAUCAUUCGCGAUUCCUCACCCCGGCGCAGCUUCAGCGGCAACCGACGCUCCAUGAGCAGGAACCGUCUCGACGACUCUCGUCACGGAACCCACAAGCAGGGCUCUACUGACUCUUAUGUCCAGUCUUCCAUGGAAGAUCCGAGCUAUUCAGGCAUGGUGGCAUCAUCGAACGAGGACCCCUCGGCAAGCCAAAUUCUACGCGGCAGCGAUGUCUUCCAGAACCCCACGGUGCGACGCUCAGCUUCUGCCUCCCGGACAGAGCUCGAAAAGAACCAGCGCCGCGACAACAAGAGUCCACCUGCAUUGGCCGCAUACAGUGGCCAGCAUGCUGCAACGACAGGUUCCAUCAAUGACGGCGACAAACCUCCCGUGACCCCUACGCUGCAAAGCAUCACCAAGAUGGGCGCAUUUCCCCUGCAGCGUGUGGGCGCCUUUGCCCAGUAUCUCAACAGCACUAGCGGUAAGUUGGGCUCCAUGCUGGCGACGGAAUCAAUGGGCUACGUCGAAAAGGUGUCGGGCAUGUGGCGAGGCGGCCGAAAGCACUACGACGCUCCGCCUGAAAUCAAAACGGAUGAUGAAGAUCUAUACGAGGAUGCAGAGGGCAAGAUCCAGACUUCCAUGGAUCGAUUCCGCGCGCAUUUCGCGCUGCCCGAGACGGAGAAGCUUCAAGCGACCUACUUCGGCUACAUCUUGCGUGUCCUGCCAUUGUACGGCAAAAUCUACAUCAGCGACAAGUCCUUCUGCUUCCGUAGCUUGCUGCCUGGAACGAGGACCAAGCUCAUUCUCCCCUUGAAGGAUAUUGAAAACGUGGACAAAGAAAAGGGUUUCCGGUUCGGCUACUCUGGCUUGGUGGUUGUCAUUCGUGGUCACGAGGAGGUCUUUUUCGAGUUUGGCCAGGCCGAACUCCGAGACGAUUGCGCUGUCACUCUGUUGCAAAGCCUGGAGACAACACGCUACCUCAAGGAGUCGGGAGACCUGGACCUGGACGAGAAGGAAGAAGAGGAGAACGCCAUGGCCGAGCGCGACGCGUUGAAGGAGGCUCGCCAAGUCGAGGAAUUCCACGACCACGAACUUCGCCUGCCGAAGGAAGGCUCAGGCGUUAGCGAUGCUCCGACUAUAUUAUUCGACGACCCCAAAGCCUCGUUCCUCAACUUCAAGCCUCCUCACUCGAUGAAGAUUACUUGCUUGACGAUCGGCUCCAGAGGUGACGUUCAGCCGUACAUUGCGCUGUGCAAGGGCUUGAUUGCAGAAGGCCAUAAGCCUCGGAUCGCUACUCACGCCGAGUUCAAGGACUGGAUCGAGGGCCACGGUAUCGAAUUCGCAAAGGUCGACGGUGAUCCUGGUGAGCUCAUGAGACUCUGCAUCGAGAACGGCACGUUCACUUGGGCUUUCCUGCGCGAGGCCAAUUCCAUGUUCCGCGGAUGGCUGGACGAGUUACUGGUUUCAGCGUGGGAGGCUUGCCAGGGCUCUGAUCUCCUCAUUGAGAGUCCCAGUGCCAUGGCGGGCAUUCACAUUGCAGAGAAGCUCUCGAUUCCCUACUUCAGAGCCUUCACCAUGCCAUGGACCCGGACCAGAGCCUACCCUCAUGCAUUCGUUAUGCCCGAAUACAAGAUGGGUGGUGCGUACAAUUACAUGACGUACGUUAUGUUUGACAACAUUUUCUGGAAGGCGACUGCUCAUCAGGUCAACCGCUGGCGUAACAACACCCUCAAGCUGCCAAACACCAGUCUCGAGAAGAUGCAGCCCAACAAGGUUCCUUUCCUCUACAACUUCUCUGAGUACGUUGUCGCACCGCCUCUGGACUUUUCGGACUGGAUUCGCGUCACCGGCUACUGGUUCUUAGAGGAGGGUACGGAUUUUAAGCCGCCUCAGGAACUUGUCGACUUCAUCGCCAAGGCGAGAGCGGAUGAGAAGAAGCUCGUGUACGUCGGCUUCGGAUCUAUCAUCGUGAAUGAUACGGCCAAGAUGACCCAAGAGGUCAUUGACGCCGUUCAAAAGGCCGAUGUGCGCUGCAUCUUGUCCAAGGGCUGGUCGGAUCGUGUGGCCAAGCAGGGUGAGGCGGAGAGUGCAAAGGAUGAGCCCGUUAUCCCGCCCGAGAUUUUCGUCAUCAAGAGUGCGCCCCACGACUGGCUGUUCUCACAGAUUGACGCGGCUGCUCACCAUGGUGGAUCCGGCACGACGGGUGCCAGCUUGAGGGCUGGAAUUCCUACCAUUAUCCGGCCCUUCUUUGGUGACCAAUUCUUCUUUGGCGGCAGAGUCGAGGAUAUUGGCGUCGGUAUCUGUCUGAAGAAAUGGGGUGCAGUCUCUUUCGCUCGCGCGCUUUGGGAAGCUACGCAUAACGACCGUAUGAUUGUCAAGGCUCGCGUGCUAGGAGAGCAGAUUCGCAGUGAACGCGGCGUGGAAAACGCGAUUCAGUGCCUGUACCGCGAUAUGGAGUACGCGACGAGCUUGAUCAAGAGAAAGGCAGGCAAGCACGCGCAUGCUGAAGAAGACGAAGACGAAGAGGCCGAGGAGAGCUGGACAUUUAUAGGGAACGACGAGCCCGACCCGGACAUGACGACCAAGAAGCUCUCCGAGAUGGGAGCACUUCCCGGGCUUCCGGGGGACAAGCCUCUGGGAAACAGAGUAAUGCGCGUGUCACCCUCGCCCUCACAGCAGCCGGUGGCUUAGGGGUUCAACCAGGAGUUGCUCAACGAGGCGCUAGGGAACAGCAUCCUAGGCGAUUCGACUCCGAGGCCAAUAUGUGAAGUGGAUGAAAUGGGAUCGGAAUGGGAACGCGUCGGGGGGUUCUGGGACGUUAGCUGAUCGAAACGAAUGAACAUUUGGCUGGCAUGGCGUUUUACGGACUUUGCUAGAGGAUUCUGGGGAAGAGUUGCUAUUUUCCCUGGUUCGGAGUCUGGGGUGGGAGACGGGGGAAACUGAACGAUUGACUGACUGGUUUUACGGGGUUGUGGCGUGAUCAGAACGGCACUUGGGGACACGGGACAACGCGGCACCCAUACUCAUGGAUAGAGAGUACAUUAAUACUCGAUUAUGACUUUUCUUGGUAACGAAGUAGUAGUCCUGUCUGGAAUUACAGGCGAACGAGAGCAAGGUUUGCUACAGACCUAAUAGAAGCGUACAAGUAGACCUCCCCUCAAUAACUUUGAUGUGUUGAGUUCUGUUUGAUGCUCUUAGGUGGAGGUCUCAUGCACAGAAUCGGAGAGCAGCUAAAGUCUGGGGGAAGCUCUCUCCGCUUUACACUACCUUGAUCGACCUGCAUCACGAUGUACAUGGGUCAUCACACUAUUGGAGCAUCUCCCCAUUACCUUGGGUAGGCAGAGAAGGGUGGCAGCAUCAAGGCAUUGCCGGGAGAGAAAAGAGCUGAAAGCAGCUGCUGGCUAGGGCCGGAUGAGAGGGAUUUGUUGACAAGCUGUAAGAAAUCAGGAGACAAAAUAAGAUCU